AUGCAUUCUUCUCAGACGGACACUGGACCUCUGAUCUCGCCUAUACCUGGUCAUAGAGAUCUCCAGUCAGUUCUGAACGAAUAUGGCUUGGAGUUUACUCCAGAUGGCCAAUUGAUUCGCUGGUCUGCUUCGAAUAAGAAUCAUCCACGAAAUUGGACUCUGGGACGAAAGAUCUAUGACAGUCAUAUGAUUAUCUUUUUGGAUCUGUUUACGUACAGUACUGCAGCCGAUCAUGCACAGCAUGAAUUCGGGAUCGGACAUACAUUCUCGAUUUUUAUCUUCGUCUCUCUAUAUAUGAUUGGCCAAGCCACCGGGGGAAUCAUCUUUCCAUCCUAUUCUGAGGCCUUUGGUCGGAAGAAGCUCUACAUAAUCAGCACGGCUCUAUAUAGUAUCUUCUGCGUUAUCGUGGGGGUAGCUCCAUCUAUCACAGCCGUGGCCAUCAGUCGUCUAAUAUCGGGGAUCUUGUCAGCAAUGCCAACGAUCGUUGUGGCCGGUAGUAUUGAAGACAUGUUCAAUUCUAGAGACCGAGUUUGGUUGAUCUUUCUAUGGGCCAUGGUCGCAAAUAUUGGUCUUUGUAUGGGCCCUAUAAUGAGCACUUACAUCACUGCACAUCUUGGUUGGCGCUGGGUCUUUUACAUCGCUGCAAUUGUCAUGGCAGUUCUCACUGCAUUCAUUUCUUGCAUACGCGAGUCGCGGCCAUCACUUCUUCUCGUGCGCGAGGAAUGUGGUAUCGCAACCCUAACCGCUUUGAACCCAGAUCAUACACCUGAUCUUAAGACAUGGGCUCGCCUUUCUCUAUUUCGUCCGAUCGAGCUUUUCUUUACAGAGCCCAUCGUCUGCAUGGUUGCGACUAUAAGUGCUGUCGCCUUUGCCUUGAUCUAUAUGUUCACUGAAGCCCUGCCGCCGGUGUAUCAAUCCAUGGGGUUCUCCGAGACCUCCUCCUCUCUUCCAUUCCUGGCAAUCAUCAUCGGGCUGAUAUUGGGGCUUUUCACGCGUAUCCAGGAUCAUCGUAUGAUUUCAAAGUAUGACAAGGAGGGUCUACCGUUGGAGCCUGAGCAUAAGCUUCUUGGAUUUUGUAUCGGCGCACCCAUGUUUGCUGCGGGGCUCUGGUGGUUUGCUUGGACUAUACCUCCCCUCGUGGAGAAUGUGCAUUGGAUUGUGUCUACCGCUUCGUUGGUGCUUAUUGGGUAUGCUAUCAAUGAAUUUGAUGCUGUGCUGGCGGGGUAUUUGGCGGAUAGUUACUUGAGCUUUGCGGCAAGUGGUUUUGCGGCUUUAUCGCUUGUUCGGUCUUUAAUGUCGGGUGCUUUCCCAUUAUUUGCGACACAGAUGUUUGAUGGACUUGGGGCGAAUGUUGCUGCUUCUGUUUUGGCAGCGUUGGCAACUGUGUUCUGUAUUGUGCCUCCGCUGUUCACUCGUUACGGAAAGAAGAUUCGGGCGAGGAGUAAGUUUGCUCGGUAUAGUCUACAGGUUUACGAGGAAAAUGGCGUUGAUAAGAAUGGGUAUUGA